GAUACAAUCAGUGAAGAAGAAGUAGAAGAGUCCAGCUCUAAGUGUGCGACUUGACUUGGCAUUUUUUAAAUAAUUUUUUGGUGGACUUUUGUCCUAGACAUUUGUGCUAGCGACUCUUCUUUAACUGACGUUGAGGAAAACUGUUGAGAGAAGAGGAGAAGAUGAAAUACAUUAUAGGAAUUGGCGGAGUGACUAAUGGUGGUAAAACCACUCUGACAAAUAAAUUGAUCAAGACUUUGCCCAACUGCUGUGUUGUGCAUCAAGAUGACUUUUUCAAGAAACCCGAUCAGAUAGAAGUCGGGGAGGACGGCUUUAGACAGUGGGAUGUCAUCACAGCUUUGGACAUGGAGGCCAUGACCAAUACAGUGAAAGGCUGGAUGGAGAACCCAGUGAAGUUUGCCCGCUCCCAUGGUGUCACCCUGUCUACUGCAGAUGCAGCCAACCCUGACGAACAGGUCCACAUACUGAUUGUGGAGGGCUUCCUGCUCUACAACCACCCGCCCCUGCUGGAUGUUUUCAACAAGUGCUACUACAUCACAGUACCCUAUGAGGAGUGCAAAAGAAGAAGAAGUACAAGACAGUACACUGUCCCUGACCCUCCUGGCCUGUUUGAUGGCCAUGUGUGGCCCAUGUACCUGAAGCACAGGACAGAGAUGGAGGACAGUGGCUUAAAUUUUGAGUACCUCGAUGGUUUGAAAACAAAAGAGGAGAUCUACAACGUGGUGUAUGAGGACAUUCAGAACAACCUGCUCAAUCGUUUAUAGCAGGAAGAGUCCUCUCCACAUCUGUACAGACUUUGUAAAUAGCCUCAAUGACUCUUUUUUUUUUUAUGGAGUAUUUGUAAUUUUAUCUUUUUUGUAAAUGCAAAGAAGCAAUGUUAAGUUAUCAUUGUUUUAUUUUCUGACAAAUGUCUUUUUGUUUUUCCAUUUUAAGAAGUGAUUGUAGGACUGAACAAGUGCUAAACUAUUGACUUGUGUUGGACCAUGUGUGCCAGUUACAUUCUCGUGCAAAUAAAUGCAUCAGCUCCUGUUAAGAUACAGAGCAUCUAA